AUGUCAUCAACUAUUGACCCAGGGGUUUAUUCUAUCAUAAGUAAGGACUUUCCUAGUGUCCAAGUCCUUUCCUGGGACAACCUGAACUAUUCCAAGAAGGUAACACUGGGUGCAUUGACCCCAUGGGAUAAAACCACCAUGUUAUCAACUAGUGCUGUAGCAUUUCUACAGCUCUGGCUUGUCGAGCUCAUUCUGAGUCCUCCAUUCCUCCAGUCUCCCACCAAUACAUUUACCAUGUGGAACCUCAGUAGCAGAGAGUAUUUGGCCUCGGAUGAUGGCAAAAGGGUCAACACCAUCCUGAGGAACAACCUCAAUGAAUGCUGGGACUUCCAGAAAGUCAGCAUCUCUAACAAGGGUGUCUCGGCAGUGCUGGGUGCAUCCAAUAUUGUCAUCAACAACCAGUCACUAAGUUCACAAGUGCAAUUACUUGAUAGCAAGUAUCUUGUCUUAUCGAAAGGAAUGUUACAAGAAAUUUGGAAUGGCAUGAUGAAGCACAAUUAUCACUGGGAGAUAUACGAUGAAGAUGGUCUUGCUAUAGCAUUCAAAUUGGCCGUGGCCAAGUGGGGGGUUCAGUCCAUCCUCAAGGAUGUGAGCAACUCAAAGAACACAGGAAUGAUCUAA